AUGUCGAUAUCUCAGAUAGCGUCAUCAAAUUUCAAGACAAACUCCAAUGUACAACACUACAUGACGACAGAAGGUAGUGGUAACAACAAUGAUAACGUUAAUGGUUCAAACAACCACGGUGUACCAAAUACCACAGGUGGUGGUGCCGGUGGAAUUGGUGGAGGACAAGGCAAAUAUCUUAUGAGCAAUGAAGUUCCAAGAAACUUUGACAGCCGUGGACCAAGUUUAGAUAGUGGUAGCACUGAACGUAGCCAACCUGGAGGUAAUUACCAAUUAUGGGUUCCUGGUGGCGGUAAGAACGUACUACCAAUAGUAGGACAAAGAAGAAGUUCAUUGGACUCGCUGAUGAAAGCAGCAGAGACUAUUGAAAAUAGAGAGAUUCGUCAAUUUGAUCAAGCAAGUGACAAAGAAUUGAAUGAAAUAUAUAUCAAUAAGAUGGUAUCGUUACUUGAGAAUAAUGAUAGUAUAGAACGUGAGAUUAAUAGUUGGCCAUUGGUCAGUUUGAUCAAGACAUGUGCGACACCGUCGUCGGGCAGUGUUAAUACGAAAUUUUUCAACGACUCAGAGAAAGAAUUAUUCAUUGAUAGUAUAGAUUAUGAACAAAUCAAGAAUUUAUACAAUUCAGUCAAUGAAACGCGUCGAAUUGUUGAAGAUAUAAUACAAUUAAAGAAAAUCAAAUCCAAAGCCAACGAAUUGUAUAGGCUACCAGGAGUUGAACAUGUUCUACAAGGGGCCAAUGCGACAAAGACAGUAUUGCCCUCAAUAGGGUCGUUAACACAAAUUCAUGAAUAUUCACCACGUACUGCAGCGGUUGCACCAGGCAGUAGCAUACUUGGUGUCAAUGCAGGUGCGGUAGGAGAGAGUCCACCACCUCCACCACCAGUUCCACCACCAUUCAUACGUUCCAGUAUUACUGGCGGAGGUACUGGCAGUGGUACUGGGAGUGGUAGUGGUAACAACAUUUAUAAGUUGAAUUCAGUUAAAAGAGUUGAAAAACCGUUAUUGAGGUCACCAUCGUCGUCCAGUAGGAGCAGAAGCAGCACUGGAGGAGCAGCGGCAGAAACUGUUGAUAAUCGAGUAUCUCAAGAGUUACUGCUUGCGGAAAGUAUUCGAAAGACAGAAAGCUAUCAGAUGUCGUGUGUUCAUUGUAAAGAACAAGACACACCUGAAUGGAGACGAGGUCCGUAUGGGAACAGAACGUUAUGCAAUGCGUGUGGUCUAUUCUAUCGUAAACUAAUUAAGAAAUUUGGCAAUAAACAAGCGAAUUUAUUGAUGAGGUAUCGUCGAGAAAUAUGUCCACAAGAUCGUAGAGUUCCAAGCAAUGUCAGUGACAUUCCCAACGAAGUGAUUGACAAGUUUGAUCAAGAUGAACAAUUAGACGCAGAUUACAACACAAUUGUUUAG